AUGUCCGCUCCCGUGUAUCAGAAAACGGUCUCUGCUCCUGUAAAUAUCGCUGUCAUUAAAUACUGGGGAAAACGUGAUGUCGGAUUGAACCUUCCUUCUAACUCAUCUCUUUCAGUUACGUUGUCUCAAAAUGACCUCCGUACAUUGACUACGGCCAGCUGCAGUGCUGCAUUUGAAGAGGAUUCUCUGUGGUUAAAUGGAGCAAUGGAAUCCAUGUGUGAAAGCCCUCGUUUGUCGGUGUGUGUCCGUGAGCUUCGUAAAAGCCGUUUGGAAUUAGAGGCUAAAAACGAGUCGUUGGAAAAGAUUGCCAACUACAAACUUCGUGUGGUGUCUGAGAACAAUUUCCCCACAGCUGCCGGUUUGGCUUCUUCGGCUGCCGGUUUUGCAGCAUUUGCUCAAGCCAUUUGCGCGUUGUACGAAUUGCCUUGGACCCCUACCGAGCUUUCUCGAGUUGCUCGUCAGGGUUCGGGCAGUGCUUGCCGUAGUUUGUUCGGCGGUUACGUGUCUUGGGAAAUGGGCGAGCAGCCUACUGGAGCCGACAGUGUUGCUGUCCAAGUGGCUCCUGUCGAGCACUGGCCCGAAAUGCGUGUCGCCAUUCUUGUCGUCUCUGCUGCGAAGAAGGGUGUCUCCUCUACUGCCGGCAUGCAGGCUACCGUCGCAACGUCAUCUCUCUUCGCCGAACGAGCACGUAACGUCGUUCCUCAACGUAUGGUUGAAAUGAAGAAUGCCAUUCGUGCUCGCGAUUUUGCUUCGUUUGCCCAACUCACGAUGAAGGAUUCUAACCAAUUCCACGCCGUUUGCCUCGAUACCACCCCUCCUAUUUUCUAUCUCAACGACACCUCCCGUGCCAUCAUUCGUGCUGUUGAGAGUAUUAACUCGUCCGUUAACGGCUAUGCUGCAGCUUACACUUUUGAUGCUGGCCCGAACGCUGUUAUCUACUUCCUUGAGAAGGACUCGGAUCUUGUACUUACUACUCUCCGUUCCGUGACUCAAAACGCCGAGGGUUGGGAGAAGGCAGACUUCAAGCCUGUAGAGUCUUCUGAAUUCUUGAAUCUUGAGCCAACUGUCAUUGACACAAUUUCAUCUGGUGUCAGCCGUGUUAUUUUGACUCGUGUUGGUGAUGGCCCUCAAGUCCUUCCUGAUACCGAGUCUCUUGUGGAUACCCAAGGAAACCCCAAAUUGUAA